AUUUUGAUAUAUUUGUAUUUCAUUUCAAUGAAUCGCGGAGUGCAAGUGCAUCAGAAAAGGCGGGCAUUUUUAAAAUCAUCAUAAGACAUUUGAAAGUAAGCGCGAUUUAAUUUUGGCAUCCUAGAAUCACAUCAGGAUAUUUCAGAUAAGCGAUAACGCGAACAGUAACCUCCUGGAAACGAUGGAGGUUACGAUGUUUUCAGGAUGACUAGUACUAGUGACAUGAACAGACUCCGUGUGAUGAGGUCAUCGUAUGGUUUUUUAGCCGCGCCGGCAGUCGCGACGCGGAGCGCCCGAACGCCGGCUGCUACGUAUAAUCCUGCGGUAGGGACAUGCUUGCCAUGUGCCUAUUCACGACAUAUCGUUUCUCCGAUCGCGAGUGCAACGUGUCCUCCUUCAUCCUCGGUGUCACGAAACUAUCUUUCAAACGCGAACACGUUUAUUUUCCUCUUAAUUCGUCCGUUUCGAUUUACUGGCUCUACGGUUGAUUACUUUUCACCUGUGUUGCAUUUCGCAAGCGAUGUUUCCUUCGUUGGCAUAACAUUAAUACGAUUGAUUCCUCGAUUGUCGUUAAUCGCGUGAUUUUUCGUUGUCCUUCGCUCGAAGUGCAAAAAACAGUGCGCGUAUCCUCAUUCGAAUUUUUGCGUGUUUCGAAAGACGCUCAAAUGUCUUUCAGUUAUCGCGCGCACGUGUACGAGGAUGCGUCGAGGCGACUCCUAGUUCCUUCGAGUUUAAAUUUUUAACUCGCUUUCGCGCGUGCCGUUGUGCCAACGCUGUGAAUUUUUGCCGCGGCGAGAACUGGUGUUUUAUUGAAUGUUGUUUCGAGUAUUCUGAUAUCAAGGAUUAUCGUGGGAUCGUCGACAACGAGAGGAAGUGAUUCGGACCGGAAAACCGACCGUGUCUAGAAAAUGAACGGCGUGCAACGAAUGCCCAGCGACGCGUUCGACGCCAAG